ACCGACCUUACGCAGCUUAAAAGAAUCUCACCGGAUCCUAGGCCAGUUAACUCCUGUUUGGUGUCGUGUCGUCUCGUUUGCACGACUCUGCGAUUCCGAAGAAAUCCGGUGAGACUCUAUUACAUCUUUUCUCUUUUCCAUCGGGGAAACGGAACAAGGGCUGCAGGUUGGAGAUGGAAACGUAAAUAGGUCGUUAUCAGAACAGUCAAACACUGGACGGCACAUAGUCGAAGCACGGGAUGACAUCCCACACCCACAAGUCACUGUCGUCACAUAAGGCUCGCACAGCGAUGUGGUGGUGAAGAUAACGAAGCAAUCCGGCUCUUCCUCAAAAUAAUCCAGCGUCAGCUUCGCAAUUCACAAGAAAUACAGAAAUACAGGUCUCCUGGGAUUCUGCUUGUAAGGAACAGUAGGAAAUGUCGAUGAGAGAUUUAGUUUCGGGAGGAGCGGCUUGUGCUGUUCCUGGCUCUGCUUCUACUUCGAACCCUCUGGGAGCUCUUGCAAAUACUCUGCUUGGAUCUUCUUCAAAAACUCAGGAAAGACUAAAGGAACUUCCUGGGGCAACCCUAACAGGUCCUGAUGCACCUUUAUACCCUGGAAGUGAUGGUCAAUUAUCAACACUCCCAGGAUUAGAGUAUGAUCAACAACAUCAGCAUCCUGAUGCCCAGGGCUCAGAAUUCCUCCCUAGCUUCCGGAAUGCAGUUCAGGAUGGUUUUGGAGAUGCAUGGAAUGAAAUUCAUCGUCCUCAGGUUCCUCAUGUUGAAGGAAGUGAAGGUCAACCAUACUUUGCGGAGUUUGAAAAUAUUUAUGAUCAUGGAGUUAAUUCUCAGAUGCAACGUGCUUGGGAUGGGCCACCACAAAGAGUUCUGUCAAGUUUUUUGCACUCCUUUGUGGACAGUAGCCGAGCUGGUAUUCCUUUUCGUCCUGCACCUCUUCCAGUUUUGGGAUUGUCAGAAGGUGACAAGCAAUGUAUACGUGAUCGUAGCAGCAUAAUGGCACGGCACUUCUUUGCAGAUAAGAGUGAAGAUUUUAUAAAUUCACAGGUGAAUGCGCUAUUACAUUCUUUAGAUAUCGAUUAUGAUCUUCGAGCUAAGGGGCCUCUAGCAGGUAAGUUCCGAGAGCUGGAGGAAUACUGGAAUGAGUCCCAACAUGCUGUCAGACCUGGACCGUCUCAUACAGCAGAUAGAUGGGUUUCUGAAUAUGGCCAACAAAGACCAGAACAUGGUGACCCUGAAACUUGGGCUCACUCAUUUGAACGACAACAUGGCAUUAAUGGUUGGGCCUCUGAAUUUGAGCAGGAACAAUCUCAAAUGAUGUCAAUGGGCCAAAUGAGAGAUAAAAACAUCUCAAGUAUAGCAGCAAUGGAACAGACACGUAUGCUUGCCCAUACUCUAUCUCAAAAUGAUGAUCAGAAAUUUCAGAAUUCAAAAUUCCUUCAAUUUGUAUCAAAGAUGAGCCGUGGUGAGCUUAUCAUUGAUGAUAAUCAAGUUAAGCCAGCUGGGCCAUCUGCCUCGGGUGAGUGGGCUGAGGAAUAUGAACGUCAGUAUGAUGGCCUUCCCAGUUCUUGGGCUGACCAAUUUGUACGUGAUGAGCUUUCUCAUGGAACUAAUAGAUGGGUGAAUGAGUUCACAAACGAACAUGCUCAACAUGAAUCUGUUGAUGAUCAGUGGAUCGAUGAAUUCUCCAAGUUGCAUGUUCAGGACUGGGCAGAUGAAUUUGGGCGACAAGUUGGUGAAGGUGCUUUAGAGGAUGGUUCAGCUGAUAACUGGGCAAAUGUGUAUGAUGAGUACCUGAAUGAACAAAUAGCUACCAAACAACGGUCAGAUAAUUCCAGGGGGGUGUAUGUAUUUUCUGAUAUGAACCCUUACGUUGGCCAUCCCAAUCCAUUGAAAGAAGGGCAGGAGCUGUUUCGUAAGGGCCUCUUGAGUGAAGCUGUUCUUGCAUUAGAGGCUGAAGUUUUAAAGAACCCUGAUAAUGCAGAAGGUUGGAGGUUACUUGGAAUAGCACAUGCAGAAAAUGAUGAUGAUCAACAGGCUAUUGCAUCGAUGAUGCGUGCACAGGAGGUAGAUCCAACAAACUUGGAAGUGCUUCUUGCUCUUGGAGUGAGUCACACUAAUGAACUGGAGCAGGGAGAAGCAUUGAAAUAUUUAUAUAGAUGGCUACAACAUCACCCAAAAUAUGGGACACUUGCCACUUUGGGUCAAUCUGAUUUUCCAUAUUAUGCAGAUGUUGUUAAGUUAUUCAAUGAAGCUGCUCAGAUGUCUCCAGAAGAUGCUGAUGUCCAUAUUGUUCUCGGUGUCCUCUACAAUUUAUCCAGGGAAUAUGACAAAGCGAUUGCAUCCUUCCAAACAGCAUUGAAACUCAAGCCACGUGAUUACUCUCUCUGGAAUAAACUUGGUGCUACACAAGCUAAUAGUGUUCAGAGUGCUGAUGCAAUAUUGGCUUAUCAACAGGCACUAGAUUUGAAGCCGAAUUAUGUUCGUGCAUGGGCAAAUAUGGGUAUAAGCUAUGCCAACCAGGGUCUAUAUGAAGAAUCUAUUCGGUACUAUGUCCGAGCACUAGCAAUGAAUCCCAAGGCAGAUAAUGCCUGGCAAUAUUUGAGGAUUUCUCUCAGUUGUGCUUCUCGAAAUGACAUGCUGCAAGCUUGUGACUCAAGGAAUCUAGAUGCUCUACAGAAAGAAUUUCCACUCUAAUACCUCUUUGAGAACAGCAGAUGAUAAAAUAUUCACCACAGUUUCAUUCUUGCCAUCAUUCUAUAAGAUGAAAUUUAAAUCUAGGUUUCAAGCUAUGCUGACAUUGUAUUAUAGGUUCAAGUUCCAUGCUAUUGUGCUGCACAUUUCAAUUUAGGCCGCCAGCAGUUUGAUAUACCACCCGCAAGUGUUAGGAGGUGAACAAAGAUGAAACACGAUGGAUGAAAUAAUAGCCUCUGAGAUCCCCAUUUUUGGGGUGUAAUAAAGCUGAUAAGGAGGUAUGUAUUCUAUAGCAAAUGAAAAUCUCAAGAGAAAUGGACUCGAUCAUGAAAAAAUUGUUUCAUAAUCCAACGAAAUCUGAUCAA